UAGUCUCAAUCGUUACCACGUCACCACAGCCGCCUCUCUCGCUCUUCUUUCUUGUCCCGGGCUCCCGGCUCCAUAGUCGCCGUUACAUCGGACAAGGGAUCUUGCGGUGAAGCAUCUAAUCUGAGCAGUCAGUCGUCCCCCCGCUCGCGGCCGGGCUACUGCUGGUCGUCAAGUACUCAAGUUGUAGGCGUGCAGCCGGGCCGCCGGCCGCUAGCUGCUGUCAGCACGCGCACACAGCAGCAGGGUGGUCGCCCGCGGCCGGUAGCCGGCACGCGGUCGCGACAAGCCGAUAGCAACAGCAAGCCAGGCCCAAGUUCAGUCCCCAGAGAGCGGCAAGCUAGGUCUGUCAUCUUCUCUGGAGGGUUCAGAACCACCGAGAAUUAGCUGUCUUUGAGGAGUACAAUAGGAAUGGAUGAUGCUCAAGGGUAUCAAGAAGGAGAUGAUCAUGACUUAGUGAUGCAGAAACAAGAAUGGAUCAAAACACAAGACAUGCUCAAGAGUAAACUUAUUCUUGAAGAUGAAUUUGCCUGGAGUUUACCUUCGGUGGGCUCAGGUUUAGAUGAACCUGAGUGGUGCAAACUGAAGUAUAUUGGUGGGACUGACAUCAGCUUCUUGAAGGAAGACCCAUCCACAGCAUGUGCCGCGGUGGUAGUCCUCAAUGCCGAUACUUUAGAAGUUGUCCAUGAAGAGUUCAAUGUUGUUCGACUGCAAGUGCCAUAUAUUCCUGGUUUUCUUGCAUUCAGAGAGGCUCCAGUUCUUCUUGGACUCUUGGAAAAGGUGAAGAUCAAUGCACCUCAUUUCUGCCCACAGGUUGCAUAAGGGGCCAAUAGGAAAUUAAACAAGGCAUAUGCUGUUCUUUAUUAUCAUUUGCUCAUGGUUGAUGGAAAUGGAUUGCUCCAUCCGCGAGCAGGUUUUGGUUUAGCUUGUCAUCUCGGCGUUCUUGCAGACAUUCCUACUAUUGGAGUUGGAAAAAAUGUAGGUUACUUCAGUGCAGUAGCGCAGUUUCAACUCACAAGUAGAUCUAUAAAUAUCCAGCUGUUGAGAAUAUUGUCACCGAAUUCAAUUUCUCAGUGUUCCCCUUCUUUCAGAGAACACUAAUCUCAAUGUUUCAACUGCAUAGCUACAUCAGGUAGAUGGCCUUAACCAAUCAGAAGUUAGAAGACUGCUCGGAUCAAAAGAGAACUGCAACAGGGAACUGGUUUUGUUGACGGGACAGUCUGGGACAAAAUGGGGCAUGGUAAUAUUGUCGUAGUCGAGUUUUCAGAAUCAGAAACAAAUAUGUAACAUGAUAGAAUUGUCACUUGCGAGGUUGCCGCACCGUAGUUUGUAAAACAGACCGAUGAUUUCUCUGAAUUUGUAAAACAUCACCAGGCAAAUAACCGACAGCAGUUAAUGGCGGCGUCGGCCCAACUGAGCCCGCAUCAGAGGACGCGCAGAAAUCGCCUCCUGAUUUUGUGCGUGGUUGUUUGGGCGGGGCGUGCAAUUCCCCGAUUCGAGCGGAACUCCUCCCAUCCGAUCCGGCGGCGGAGGACAAUAUAAAAGCGAGCCAAUCGGCGUCUAGCUGUAGCACCUCUGCGUCUCAAGAUUAGAGAUCCAUUAGCUGUAGCACCUCUGCCUCCCACGAAUCGAUUCGACGACAUCUUGCUGGUACAACCUACCAUCAUGGUGGGCAUGCUAUUGAACGCCGGCCGCAGCAAUGGCCGCGGCGGCAGGAGGACUAGCAUCCAGUCACCACCGCAGGUCCUCUCCUCUGUUCCCUUACUCGUCUACGAGUACGAGGAUCCCGCCGUUGUUCAUCCAGCAGGCUCUACUCCUACCGCUGCCGCAAAGAUGCUCAUGUACAGCCUGCCUGAGCGGAGCAUCGUCUACACGCACGACAGCAGGCCUCAGGCCAUGGAGGGCAACUUCUUCAGCACGCCUCAAGGCUGGCUGGUCAUCCUUGGACAAGUGACGUCGGAGGCCUCCAUGUGGCAUCCGCUCACCGGAGAGACCAUCACCCUCCCACCCAUACACGACGACCACUACAUCCCCACCAACUGCAAGUGCCUGCUCACCCACAACUCCGCCGCCCACCCGGACUGCGCCGUGGUGCUCCUCGACGUCGCCGAUCCUCUCAUGUGGUUCUGCCGUGUCAAUGGCGGGGCUGACCGGAGGUGGGGACAGCACACCUACGACAUUGGCAACUACGAGUUCCUCGAUGAGUUCCGCACCCCCUCUACGCCCACCAAGAAAGUCAUCGGAAGCGUCGCCGCGCUUAAAGGGAAGCUGCAUUUUUGCUUCAUGGAAUCGCACCAAAACAAGAUGUGCGUCGUUAACUUAGAUUUCCCGUCCGAUCAUGGCCACCCUCCCACAGCAGAGUUCCACGAGUUUGAUGUCUCCCCAGAGUUCGGCAUCAAGUUUCCUGACGGCAUCUGCUCCAUCCACUUGGUAGAGUCCAUGGACGAGCUUUUUGCCGUCUGCGUCUUCUAUGUCGGUUUUGAUCCCACCAACGUCAGUGCUGCUCGAAUCUUCAAGAUGGAGGACUCCUGCGGCGAGGAAACCGUGGCCUGGCACCGGGUGGAUGAUAUCGGUGACAGGGCUUUUCUCUUGACCGGCACCAACAUGGCAACUUGGUGCUCUGCAAGCACCAAUAACCUCAAAGGCAGCACCCUCUAUUUCUUCUUAGACUUCUUACUUGGCGACAGGGAUCUAUACAUCUAUGAUGUCCAGGAGCAGUCCAUGGAGACUGUCCAGGUUCACGACCAGCUAGAUUCUAAGGUCGUGCACACAGAACCAUACUGGAUUAAUGUACCUCCGUUUUAGUAUUAGCCCAUUACAUUAUAUUCUACUAUUUUAGUUAAUAUAGCUUCCUGCUACUCUUUUAGUUAA